AUGGUCCGUUUCGUGACUGCUCUCCUGGCCCUGUCGGCAACCGCUUUGGCUACCACCACGUGCAGCUCCAGCAGCCAGUGCCCGGAAGACAAGCCCUGUUGCUCCCAAUAUGGCGAGUGCGGUACUGGCGCAUACUGCCUCGGCGGUUGCGACAUCCAGUCCUCCUACUCUAUCGAGUCAUGCGCUCCCAUGCCGGUCUGUGAAAGCAAGAGCUACACCUGGGAAAACCUCGACAACUCCAUCUUGAACACCAAGUACCUCGGAAAUGCCAGCGCCGCCGAUUGGACCUACAGCGGUUACCCCAAGAUUGAGAACAGCUCCCUUCUCAUGACCAUGCCCAAGGAGUCCGUCGGAACUCUUUUCGCCAACAACCACUACAUCUGGUACGGCAAGGUCUCCGGAAAGAUCAAGUCCAGCCGUGGCAAGGGUGUCGUUACCGCUUUCAUCCUGCUGUCCGAUGUCAAGGACGAGAUUGACUACGAGUGGGUUGGUGCCGACCUCACUGCUGUGCAGACCAACUACUACUGGCAGGGUGUUCUUGACUGGCACAACAGCGCCAACGCCUCCGUGAGCGGCGAGGACACCUUCGAUGACUGGCACACCUACGAGAUCGACUGGCAGCCCGACCAGCUGCAGUGGAUCAUUGACGGCACCGUUAUGCGCACUGUCAAGAAGUCCGAUACCUACAACUCCACCUCCAAGCAAUACCAGUACCCCCAGACCCCCUCCCGCCUGCAGAUGUCUCUCUGGCCCGCCGGUCAGUCCAGCAACGCCGCCGGUACUAUCGCCUGGGCUGGUGGUGAGAUUGACUGGGACAGCGAGGAUAUCAAGGAUACCGGUUACUACUACGCUACCAUCGGUCAGAUCGAUGUCACUUGCUAUUCUCUUCCCGACGGAACCACUACCACCGGCAACAACUCUUACGUUUACACCUCCAGCAACGCUAUGGAGACCGAUGUCGAGGUCACCGGUAACUCCACUGUUCUCGGCUCCCUGGGUGCUACCGGUCUGGACAUGACCCUUGGUGCCGGCUCUAGCUCCGCCUCCAGCACCAGCAACAGCACCGACAGCGUCCCUACCAACUCCUCCGGUGGCUCCGGUCAACAGGGUCAGAGCACUGGAACCACCUCAUCAGACGCUGACACCUCCGCCACCACCACCUCCAGCUCCUUCAGCCAGGGCACCACCAGCAACAGCGGAGCUGCCAACCAGAACGAGCGCGUUAUGCGCGGCUCCUUCUUCGCCGUCCUGGUCGCGGUUGUGGCUCUUGUUGCGCUCUAA